ACUACUCAGUACAGUUUACUUGCAAUCCUGCAUUCACUUCAGCUCUCAUCUCCCCUGGACUUCAAGGAUCCGCAUCAUGUUUGUCAUUGUUUGGACUUUUCCUCUUGUUUGGCUGAUGAUUUGUCAUCCUUGUUUGGCACAAGAAAGCAACAGGUCUAUUGAUAUAACAAAUGUGCAAUGUAUUAUUUAUAACAUAUCUAUGCUGAAUUGUACAUGGGAUACUAACAAAGAAGUACCAGAAGGUAGUCAUUUUAUUGUGCAUUUCAAACAGGACGGUCAUGCAGAAGCGUGUUACCUUUAUAUCCAAAAAAAACAAAAGGAAAAUUUUAAAUGCCAUUUUCAGCAAGUAGAAAUUAAAUACAAAGACCUGAAGAAGAUAAACAUUUCUGUAAAUGGAUCAAGCAAGGACUAUAAAAUGAAUACAUAUUCUAAAUUAUUCAAUCCAUUUUCAAUUGAGAAACUUAAUCCACCAGUUAAUGUUAGUUUGUCAUUAAGUGCAAACAAUAUAAUACUGACCUGGAAACAGCCACCUACAGAGUAUAACUUUAGAAAAAAAUGUUUUAAUUAUGAAAUAAAGGAUUCCAAUGGCGUAAGAAGCCUGAAAUCGUUUACAGGAAAUGAAAGUAUCUCCAUCAUCUCUCCAAGAGCUGAUACAUCGAUAACUUUUCAAGUCCGAGUCAAUGGGCACACACGUUGUAGAAACCCUGGAAUAUGGAGUGACUGGAGUGUCGUAUAUUUAAAGCAAAAUCACAUUCCACAGUACGUGGGUCCUGUGGUGGCAUCAGUCAUUAUAACCUUAAUCUUGGUGAUUUCAUUUUUCUUAUGCAAAAGGUUUCAAAUAAAAGAUACAUUAUUUCCUCCGAUACCUGAUCCAAAAAAACCUUUCAUAGGUUUGUUUCAAUCCCAUAAUAAAGAUUUCAAGGAAUGGAUAGGUGGUGAUGCUUUCACAGAGACUACGGAACAAGAAGAAACUGUUACAAUGAAAGUGGAGUAAAAAAAACCCAAAACUAAUAUAUAGGCAGCUGCAACUACUGUAUAAUAGAGCACCGUACACGCAUCCUGUUUGAGGUUCGGAUUAAUAAUAAUUACAGCAUAAGAAUGAAGCUGAUGCACAGUGUGUAUUUUAAUAAGUGUGUUGGUAAUGUUUUGUAUGGAUGUAUACUGAUAUGUAAGGCAGCAGUAUGGAGUAGUGGUUAGGGCUCUGGGCUCUGGACUCUUGACUGGAGGGUUGUGGGUUCAGUCCUAGUUGGGGGUCACUGCUGCUGUACCCUUGAGCAAGGUACUUUACCUAGAUUGCUCUAGUAAAAACUCAACUGUAUAAAUGGGUAAUUGUAUGUAAAAAUAAUGUGUAAAAAAAUAAUGUAUUUGUAUGUAAAAAUAAUGUGAUAUCUUGUAACAAUUGUAAGUCGCCCUGGAUAAGGGCAUCUGCUGAGAAAUAAAUAAUAAUAUCAUUUUGA